AUGCAGGACGUGGACCUUCUGCAGCAGUGCCGGUCCUUGAGCUCUCGCGUCAAGGCGUUCGUCAAGCGCACAGUGGCGGAAGCUGACGGCUUGGCGGAAGAUGUGAGAUCACUUCAGAGGAGCAUUGACACCACCGAGCAAGCUGCACAAGAGAGUGGCGAUGGUCUUGUGCAGGAGCAAAUGGCGGCAGCACGACAAGUGCUAAGGGGAAAUGGUCCAGGAGGUGACCUGCGGAAGUUGUGCCACAAGACAAACCCCAAACUCCUGCGCUUCCUCCUUGGAAAAUCAACGAAGGUGUUGACCCUCCGGCCUGAGGAGAGCUUGGCGCUGAAGGAGGAGUACCACUCGUUCAGGGACAUGGCCUCAUAUGUGAUGAUCCUGUGGCCGGCUGUGCUGCUGUAUGGGAUGAACCGUGCAGCUCAAAAAAUGGUGGGCAACGAGCCCUACUCCCUGGCGCCAACGGUGAUGGCAGGUGUACAAGUGUUCCUGGUGUGGCUGGCAUAUGUCUACACUGCAGCUGCACUGCGGGAAAACAUUCUGGUGGUGAACGGCUCAAACAUCCGAGGCUGGUGGAUAACACACCACUACCUUUCCCUUGUGACGUGUAUCAUCAUGCUGACUAUUCCUGUUGACAGCCAAGCCUGGACCAUGUUCUGCCCCAAAUUUCUCCGCUGGACUGUGUUCCAGGCCGUGGUGAUGAUGGUGCAGAAUUGGUACCAGAGGCGCCGCAUGUACACACGGAUAGCUCUGGGCAAGGACUCAGCAAUGGACGUGGUGACGGGCGAGACAUCAGGGGCAGAGGGCCAGCUGUGGCUCUUGUACCCCAUGCUCGUAGUCCUGCAAAUGUGGCAAAUGGUGAUUGGGGGAGAGAUGGUCUUGCGGACUGCCCCUGCCAUGCAAUCCCUCGAAGGCUGGCUCGACAUGGAGGCACACGAGUCCGACUUGAGGGGCCAGAGGGGCAUAUUCUUGACGGGAUCUCUGUUUGCACUGAUGGGCCUGUUGAAUUUUGGGCACACUGUCGCGACGUUUGUGCAGAAGAGUUGCCGGAGGCGGCGGCCGAAGAAGACGGAACAGGGGUCGAAGGCCAAGCAGUCCAAGUUGCAGUGA